AUGUCUGUUAUCAUUUCUCAAGAUGACAAGGCAAAAAUAGGUCUUGGAGUGCCUGCUGUAGGUCGGACAUUUCACACAUUGCAGUCAGUUCAUGAGCCUGUUUGUGUGGCUGAUCAUGAUUUUCCUGUAGGAAGUGGGCAAGAGUUAGUUCCAUCAGUUUAUCUUAUGAUCAAACCAAAUGAAUCAAAUGAUGAAUUACGAACAGGACAACUUGCCAUUUUUGUAUGUCAUCAAUGGUCCCUUGGUACGUCUUCACACACACACAUGCAAGAUCUUGAAAGCUUCACUUUAUAUCCUCAAUAUGAUGAUGUGUUGAAGAUUAAUGGAGAAAUUCGACCUAUUUGGGUGUUAUUAGUAGAUGGAAGACCAGAUGAGAAUCCAAGACAUCUAAAAAACAUUAAAACAUACUAUUACCUGACUGUACGAACACAUGCUCCAGGACAAUCCAAGUAUAAUCCUGUUGAAAGGGGCAUGGCAACACUAUCUGGAAAAUUGACAGGCAAAGUGAUCAAUCCAGAUUUAGCCCUCCAAAACUUUCGAUAUGCUGGAGAGGCACUUUGUAAUAUUUGGCACCAUGAUUUGAUUUUUGGAAAAGGUGUAGAUGCACGGUAUGUUGAAGAGCUUGUUAAUCCAUUUGAAAACCUGCAGUUUGAAGGUACAGAAAAAGAAAAAAUAGAAGAACAAAAACAACAAAAAAAGAAACAAGAGAAAGGAAUUGACUCAACAGAAUGUUUUGUGCCAUGGUCAUGGAUUGAAAAUCAUUGUAACUUAUGUCAAUAUUCUAUUGAUAUUAAAUGA